UCGGUCCCGGGGAGGCCUGGGGCCGCUGGCUUGUGCGCCGUCUCGGCCGCCCCCCCUUUCGCCGCCACCGCCGCCGCCGCCGCCGCCGCCGCCCCGGGCAUGUCGUCCAACUGCACCAGCACCACGGCGGUGGCGGUGGCGCCGCUCAGCGCCAGCAAGACCAAGACCAAGAAGAAGCAUUUCGUGUGCCAGAAAGUGAAGCUAUUCCGGGCCAGCGAGCCGAUCCUCAGCGUCCUGAUGUGGGGGGUGAACCACACGAUCAAUGAGCUGAGCAAUGUCCCUGUCCCUGUCAUGCUAAUGCCGGAUGACUUCAAAGCAUACAGCAAGAUCAAGGUGGACAAUCAUCUCUUCAAUAAGGAGAACCUCCCCAGCCGCUUUAAGUUUAAGGAGUACUGCCCGAUGGUGUUCCGGAAUCUCCGAGAGAGGUUUGGGAUUGAUGAUCAGGAUUACCAGAACUCAGUAACGCGCAGCGCCCCUAUCAACAGUGACAGCCAGGGCCGGUGUGGCACACGUUUCCUCACCACCUACGACCGACGCUUUGUCAUCAAGACUGUGUCAAGUGAGGAUGUGGCUGAGAUGCACAACAUCUUAAAGAAAUACCACCAGUUCAUCGUGGAGUGUCAUGGCAACACCCUUCUGCCGCAGUUUCUGGGCAUGUACCGCUUGACCGUGGACGGUGUCGAGACCUACAUGGUGGUCACCAGGAAUGUGUUCAGCCACCGGCUCACUGUACACCGCAAAUAUGACCUCAAGGGCUCUACUGUUGCCAGAGAAGCGAGCGACAAGGAGAAGGCCAAGGACUUGCCAACAUUCAAAGACAAUGACUUCCUCAAUGAAGGGCAGAAGCUGCAUGUGGGAGAGGAGAGUAAAAAGAACUUCCUGGAAAAACUGAAACGGGACGUAGAGUUCCUGGCCCAGCUGAAGAUCAUGGACUACAGCCUGCUGGUGGGCAUCCACGAUGUGGACCGGGCAGAGCAAGAGGAGAUGGAGGUGGAGGAGCGGGCUGAGGAUGAGGAGUGCGAGAACGACGGACUGGGUGGCAACCUGCUCUGCUCCUACGGCACGCCUCCCGACAGCCCGGGCAACCUCCUCAGCUUCCCCCGCUUCUUUGGCCCUGGGGAGUUCGACCCCUCCGUUGAUGUCUAUGCCAUGAAAAGCCAUGAAAGUGCCCCCAAGAAGGAAGUCUAUUUCAUGGCCAUCAUCGACAUCCUCACGCCAUAUGAUGCGAAGAAGAAAGCUGCCCAUGCUGCCAAGACAGUGAAACAUGGGGCAGGGGCCGAGAUUUCGACUGUGAACCCUGAGCAGUACUCCAAACGCUUCAACGAGUUCAUGUCCAACAUCCUGACGUAGUUACUUUCUACCUUCAGCCAGAGCCAGAGAGCCGGAUGUGGGGUCGGGUCGGAAAAGGGAGAGGGUAGAUUUGGGCUGGAGGGGAGGGUGGGAAGCAGAGUCAGAGUCGGGGGAGGGGAGGGCUUUGGUGAGGAGCUGGCCGCCUGUGAGGGAAAGACUAGCUGGGGGGCAGGAGAGAUGCUGCGUGAGCUCUCUCGGACUCACAGGGUGUGCCUCACCUUCCGCUCACCUUUGAUUUUCCCCCCAUUUGACCCAGGUUGAAAAGGGGUUUCCUUUUUGUUCCCUUGUAACCUUUUACAGUACCUUGGGGCUAGAGAUGACUUUGUGGGUUUAUGUGGGUUUUGUUUCUGAAAUCUCAUUGCUCCAGGUUUGCUAUUUAUAAUGACGUAUGUCAUCACCCCAUCACUCUCCCCAUCCCUGCUCUACUCUGGGUUCCCUUUAGUUAAAGAGGCACCCCAUGGACCUGGCCAACGGUCCAAGUGCUCUGAUGCCAGAGAAGAAGAGGUCAGACACCUCACCCCUGCUGCAUUUGAUCAUGUCUGGAUUAACUUUUUAAUUUUAUGGAGUUUUGUGCACAACUUCCUCCACCUUUCGCCUCGGAUCCAAGUGAAAUGUUACCGGAUUCCUCCAUGUAAAUGCUGUCCUCCUGAAGGAACGUUCCAGAUCAACAUCAGGCACCUUGGAUCAGGAGAGAUCUCCCAGGGGCGUGAGUUCAUCCUCAUGGGAUGGUUAGGGGUGGGGGUAACGGCUGGGCUCUCGGACAGCUGGUUCUCACAGAACCCCGCGAACGUCACCCAGGCCCCUGGCUCCUGGCGUUCCGAUGUCCUGUCUAUAAUGCCUGCCUCUCAUUGGGUCAAGAGGAACGAGGGAGCCUCUUUACUUAUAGCAGGACCCCCAGAAGCUGAUGAGUAUCAAAUGAGGUCUUGUGCCCUCCAUCUGUUCACUUCCUUCUAAUCUUGGCCCAGGCGCCCUCCCUUGUAGUUGAGCUUUUAGCUGGGGCACAUCUCCACGUGCCUGGGGUGUUCCUUGCAGAGAUACCUCAAGUGCCAGGGCUGCCAUGUAGAUAAUCUGAUGCCCUGUGCCUGUGGUCUGUCCCUCGGAUGGUCUUGGCCAGCAGGGAGCCCACCCCCCACCUUGGAAGGUGGCACCCAUGCCUGACGUUGCUUCAGAGUUACUUGAUGAGACCCAGGAAAUCGCAUUUGGAGGCCUGAUACGGGGAUCGACCUGGCGCCAGCUUUGGGACUAUUUUCCUUGAUGCCUGGGUGUCAACUUUUAGCAGAUCUGCCAUCCCCGGGCUUCCUCAGGAGUGGCAUCCUGCAGCUUCCUUCUGGGUCUCCACCCACCUGCUGAGCUACCCAGAUCUUAGAACUGAGCCACGUGUCAUUCUUGAUGCCAUCAGAGCAGCUUGGUCUGGCUAGGAGAGAAACAGCCCUGUGUUGGGGGAGGUACAUUCCUGCAUCUUCUCACCCCCUCACCAGGAACUGGGGAUUUGGGAUGAGAUAUGGCAAAACUUGUAGAUAACCCCACAGAUGCGAAGAAAGUCUGUGGAAACACUGACUGAAUGGAUUGCUUUCCUGUGGCUCCCUCCAAACCUGGCCAAGCUCAGCUUCCGGAGCAGGAACCAGCACUGUUUCCGUGCCCUCCCCACAGCUUUUAAGGUCAGGGAGGAAUGGAGGCAACAUUUUUGGACUCCACAGGGGCUUACUGGCACUGUUCUGGAAGAGGCAAGCAGGUCAAACAACCACCCUGGCCCCAAGAAGGGGCCGUAGGUAGCUCUGAACAUCAGCAGCAAGACCACCAGGUGAUUUGAGGAAGAACGUGACACCAAGUGGCUCAUGGAGAAAACAAAUCUGAUGUAGGAAGGGAUUAUGUAGGAGUAAUGUUUGGACUUGAUUUCCCCACCUCCUAAUCAAGAAUGAAAAUUUGGAUCUGCCCCUCGAGAGGCCCAACAUCUUCAGAACUUGGCAGGCUGUCCUUCCAUGGCUGCCACAGCCUUGGGCUCCCACCGGCUUCCUGCGUUUGGUCCACUGAUCAUGUUGCCAUCAUGUGUAUGAAAAGUGUAACGUAACACAAUCCAUCAGUUAAAGAUGAGCUACCAGGUAUCUAACUUCUUUAACAUUGAGUUUUUGUGGGUUUUUUUUUUUUUUUUUUUUUUUUUUAUUGUUUACAUUUUGAGAGUAGCAUUCUGUUUCAAAUGCUCUUUGUUUUUCUGACAGUAUUGUUUGGGCCGAAACAUUUGAGCUGUGGUUGGGUGGAUUUUAGAUUUUUUUUUUUAAAGGUCAUUCUCUGUGCUUCUUCAAAACCUUGGGUUUGGCUCUCUAAUUCCUUUGCCAUUCAAAUGUUCAAGAGCUAUUUAUCUUGGUUUCUGUCAGUUUUCUUUCUCUUUUUUGGAAUGACGCAGGUAUAUUUGGUUUGUGGUCUGAAUGUGGAGAAAGGGAACUGACCCCCAAGCUUUUGUGUGCCCCUACUCCUUUCCUGAGCCCCACUGUUCCCUCUGUGGGGGCCCUAGAAGGUGUCCAAGGGCACUACCCUCAGCCCUCCUCUCUGGAGCCUUGCAGAAAAGCUCCAGCGGUCUCCCAGCAAGCACCCCAGAAUAAUUUGGGGUCUCCCAAGAACAGGGGUGUAGGAAUAGGACAUGACUGAUGGGGUGAAGCCUGAAUGGAGAGAAGAGCAAGAUUCCUCUCCACCCACCCCCAUCCCUGCCCUGACCGCCUAGCCAGCCACAGCUUCUCCCGUCCUCAAAGUUUGUGGCUGAGACACCAGCCUCCCAGGCCUCCCAACCAGAGCGAGGCUUUUCUGGAAAGUCUGCCUAGAUCACUAGAUGAAGGCCUCUGGCCCUCGUUCCUUUUCACGCACCAGAGUCUUUGUCUCCCAGUGCAAGCUCCUUCCCUGUGCCCUGCAGUUUGGGGGUCCCGGGCAGAAGCCAGCAGUUCCAGGAGCAGACUGAAGCAGUGCUCCAUCUCUCCUUCUCUAGCUCAGGGGUUACUGGUCUGUGGCUGUGCUCAGUGGCUCCCUCUAAGUUCCCACCACAGGCAGCUCUUCCUCCCCUCCUCCUUCCUGUUUCUCCUGCCUGUGCUUUAGGCCUCAGACAGGUGUGUCCCCCCCCCCCCCUCCCGUAGUGCUCAGGACUGGGGACAACAGACUUCUGCCCUAAGAAUCUGCCCUGGGGAGGUGGACCAAAGACCCGGGACUUUGCUCAGCAGCCAGUCCCACUCCCCCAGUUGUCUUUUUACCAAUUCUUGUUGGGAGAGAAAAAAACUUCAGCACUCCCUAGCAUUUGAGCUACUCAAGUGUUAGGGGCCAAGAGGAACCUUACAGCUCGGGCUUUAGAGCUGUGGUUCCCCCAAGUCUAGGGACCUCACUUCUUUCUGGCAGAAAUAGAGGGAGGGUCCGGCCUGAGCACAGGAAUCCUAGGGAAAACCUAUUUGCCCCCCAAAUCUACCAGCCAUCUGCAGGGGGCAGGGACAUGGCCCACCUUUCCGCUGAGAUGUGCCACCUAUGAAGAGUGCCUCCAAAGGAAAGACGAGAUUCAGCUGCCCCCACUGGGUUGUCCUGAGAUCCUUGGGAGGCUGAGGAGGAAACUUCAGAGGAGCCCCUUCCCCUGCUCAGAGCUAUUUCAUGAGUUGUGAACCAGCAGCCUUUAGGGGGAGGCCAGAACUGCUCGGCACAUCCAAGCAUCAGGUCAGAUCAUUGUCAUCAAAAAAUGUGAAUGAAGCUUAGAUUCACCUCUUGGGGGGCGGGAUACACUAGCACCCAUCAGAUGUACGUGACUUCUCAGUUUCUCACUGCGACCUCCAUUUUUUUAAAUAGGAAUUUUCAACCCCUUGUGCUUGUCUCAUGUCUGCUCGAACAGUUCGAGACCCUGAUUACUGUUUUAAAAUGCAUGCACGUUAAGAUGAAUCUCCAACCCAAGGAACAAAUAAAACUCAAAAAGCUUUGUGUACA